AGAAAGGCUUUGACCGGAGAAGCCCUUGGAGAGCUGGAAAUGUCCUGUCCCUGCUGCAGCUGGAUUAGAUACCUGUUCCUAGCCCUGCUCUUGCAUGGGCUGGGAGAAGGUUCUGCACUUCUUCAUCCAGACAGCAGGUCCCACCCUCGAUCAUUAGAGAAGAGUGCAUGGCGAACUUUCAAGGAGUCACAGUGUCAUCACAUGUUGAAACAUCUUCACAAUGGAGCCCGAAUCACUGUUCAAAUGCCUCCCACCAUUGAGGGACACUGGGUCUCCACUGGUUGUGAAGUUAGGUCAGGCCCAGAAUUUAUCACAAGAUCCUACAGAUUCUACCACAAUAAUACGUUCAAGGCCUACCAGUUUUACUAUGGCGGUAACCGCUGCACAAACCCAAUCUAUACCUUAGUUAUCCGUGGUAAAGUUCGCCUCCGCCAAGCAUCCUGGAUCAUUCGUGGAGGGACCGAAGCGGAUUACCAGCUGCAUAAUGUACAGAUCAACUGCCACAGCAAGGCAGUGGCUGAAAGACUAAGUCAGUUGGUGAACCGUACAUGCCCUGGAUUUGUAGCAGAAGAUAAACCUUGGGAGCAAAAUGUGAGCUAUGAUUUAUGGAGAGAAGAGAAUGGCUACGAAUGCACCAGAGCGCUAAAUUUUGCUAUGCAUGAACUUCAACUCAUUCGUGUAGAGAAACAGUACCUUCACCAUAAUUUAGAUCACUUGGUAGAGGAGCUAUUUCUUGGGGACAUCCACACUGAUCCUGCUCAGAGGAUGUAUUAUCGUCCAUCCAGUUAUCAAGCUCCUCUGCAGAAUGCAAAGAACCAUGAUCAUUCGUGUAUAGCCUGCAGGAUCAUCUAUCGGUCAGAUGAACACCACCCUCCAAUUUUACCUCCAAAGGCUGAUUUGACUAUUGGAUUACAUGGAGAAUGGGUGAGCCAGCGCUGUGAAGUACGUCCUGAAGUGCUCUUUCUCACCAGGCACUUCAUCUUCCAUGACAAUAACAAUACUUGGGAAGGCCACUACUAUCAUUACUCUGAUCCAAUCUGCAAGCACCCCACUUUCACUAUUUAUGCCAAGGGUCGUUACAGCAGAGGAGUACAUUCGUCCAGAGUUAUGGGUGGAACAGAAUUUGUAUUUAAAGUGAAUCAUAUGAAAGUUACACCGAUGGACAUAGCUACAGCCUCUCUACUGAAUGUCUUCAAUGGAAAUGAGUGUGGAGCAGAAGGAUCAUGGCAAGUUGGGGUGCAGCAAGAUGUUACUCACACCAAUGGCUGCAUUGCUUUGGGGAUCCGUCUGCCUCACACAGAGUACGAAAUCUUUAAAAUGGAGCAGGAUGCCAAGGGGAGAUACUUGCUGUAUAAUGGUCAGAGACCUAGUGAUGGAUCCAGCCCAGACAGACCAGAAAAGAGAGCCACCUCCUACCAAAUGCCCUUAAUUCAGUGCACUUCUUCAGCCCCCAGAGCAGAUGGAACAUUAGAAGAAAAUAAACUAGGAUGGUACAGUAGUGGAGCACCAACAAGGAAUUUCUAUGCAUUUCUUUGGGCUGUGAUACUGGGUGGUUGCACUGUGGCACAUUUGGGCAUCCUCAGCUAGAAGUAUAUUUUGAAAUGAUUCAAUAAUCAGAGCAGCAGAGGACUUGGGAUACAAUGGAAUGUGGGAGGGAAAGGCAUUUUUCAGACAGAAAAAGACAUUUAUUUUCUUGAUGCACUUGGAUGCCUGAGAACUGUUGUUCAUUUCCUCUUUCCCUCUCGUUGAAUCAUGAACAGCACUCACUUGUUUCUGCUUUGAACUUCAUCCAGUCUGUUCCAUGGCCUGACAUGACUGCACAACAAUAAUUGCACUUUAAGACUGCAGUUUCUUUUCUUCCUUGUUUUUAAAACUCUACUGGGAUGAACUAAAAUAUCUUAUACAACCUUUCUUCUGCCAACUUUGCUGUUGCAGUCCAUCCUACUCAUAAAAUCAGUUUCUGCUUUAAAUUUAACUAUCAGGAAUUAUGUUUUUAUCAUGUUGUGUCAAUUCUGGUAAAUUGCAUCAUUUUUAUGCUACAGUGUGUACAUAUGUAUAUACCAAAAAACCAACCAAGGAUGUAACUAAAUACACUUUUAUAGAAUUUACAUAAAAUAUUAAAUGAUCUCUGGAGUCAAGAAUCAUGAAUGGAAA